GCAGCUUUGUUAGAUUUGUUAAAAAUUAUUGCGUGCGUGGCUGUUGUUUGAAGUCGGCACCAUUUAACGGGGACACCGGGCGCCGCCCACCGCUCAGUAGUUAGCUAGCUGAGCUGUCAGGCUGCUACACAUCCAGCAGACCUCCUACACACCAGUUCUUGUGUGUUGAGUGUUUGUCCUCCAGGCUGCGAUGGCGGCGGUGGCAGCCCCAGGGCCGAGGGCCACAGACUGUGUGACUAAGGUGGCUCUGAGCAUCUCGUGUGAAAAUCUGCUCGACAUGGACACAUUCUCAAAGUCCGACCCUCUGUGUGUGCUUCUCAUGAACACCUCAGGGCCCCACUGGUGUGAGAUUGGCCGAACAGAGAAAAUCCAGAACUGCCUUAAUCCCAAGUUUUCCAAGAAUCCUGUCCUCGACUACUACUUUGAGAUGGUGCAGAAGCUGAGGUUUGAAGUGUACGAUAUUGACAGUGAAAACUGUAGUCUGCAAGACGCCGACUUCCUGGGAGAACUGGAAUGUACCUUGGGACAGAUUGUGUCCUCAAGGAAAAUAACAAGACCGCUUGUUAAGAAGGACAAGAGGCCAGCAGGGCGGGGCACCAUUACUAUCUGUGCAGAAGAAAGAACAGACAACAGGGUGGUGGCGUUUGAGGCUGCAGGUAGAAAACUGGACAAGAAGGAUUUUUUUGGGAAGUCCGACCCUUUCCUGGAGUUCUACAGACAGACUGAAACUGGAUGGCAGCUGGCUCACAGGACAGAGGUGAUAAAACACAACCUAAACCCAACAUGGAAGCCAUUCCGAAUCCCGUUGCAGUCGCUCUGUGGAGGCGACGUGGAGAAAUCUAUAAAGGUAGACUGUUAUGACUACAACAACAGCGGAUCUCACGACUUUAUUGGAUCCUUUCAGACCACACUUAGCCAAAUACAGCAGGCGUCACAAACAUAUGCGGCUGAGUUUGAAUGCAUCAAUAGCAAGAAAAAACAGAAAAAGAAAGGGUACAAGAACUCUGGUGUCAUCAUCGUCAAACAAUGCAAGAUUGUGAAGGAGUAUACUUUUCUGGAUUACAUAAUGGGUGGCUGUCAGAUUAACUUCACUAUUGCUGUUGAUUUCACAGGUUCCAACGGAAAUCCCAGUUUACCUCAGUCCCUCCACUACAUCAACCCCAACGGCUAUAAUGAAUACCUGGCUGCUAUCUGGGCUGUUGGUAACGUCAUCCAGGACUACGACAGUGACAAGAUGUUUCCUGCUUUUGGUUUUGGAGCCCAGAUCCCUCCUACAUGGCAGGUUUCCCACGAGUUUCCCAUCAACUUCAACCCAUCAAAUCCAUUUUGUGCAGGUAUAGAGGGUGUGGUCAGUGCCUACCAGCAGUGUCUGCCUCAAGUGAAGCUUUACGGCCCCACAAACUUUUCUCCUAUCAUCAACCACGUGGCCCACUUUGGCAGACAGGCCCUGCAGCAGCAAACUGCCUCACAAUACUUUGUCCUUCUGAUCAUCACUGACGGAGUCAUCACCGACAUGGAUGAGACACGCAGCGCCAUCGUCAGAGCCUCUCAACUGCCCAUGUCUAUCAUCAUAGUCGGGGUAGGAGGGGCGGACUUCAGUGCCAUGGAGUUCCUGGACGGAGACGAUGGAAUUCUGCGCUCAGCUGCAGGCGAGCCGGCCAUGCGGGACAUUGUCCAGUUUGUGCCAUUCAGGCAGUUCCAAAAUUGUCCUCAAGAAAUGCUUGCUCAGAGUGUCCUGGCAGAAGUCCCAGGUCAGGUUACAGGCUUCUUCAAUAGCAUGGGUUUGAAACCACCCCUCGGCGAUGCACCUCCCUCUGACUCCUCAGCAUCAGCACCCUCUCUGUGAUGUAUUCAAGCUUGUGAGAUUCAGCCUUCCUCCUCAAUAUCCCACCUCCAAAUGUCUUGCCGUUUCCUACUUGCAUUGUUGGAUGCGAGUCCUCUUUAACGCUGGAAUUGCGUAUUAGUUGUUCCUUCCUUUCUUAUUAGACCUUAUUGACAUAUUAGCAUGUUGCGCGCAGUGUGGUAGACACGUUAUGAUUGGCCAACGCUAUAUAAAGUUAUAGUGUAAAGCCAUAGUACAUAGAUAUCGUCACUGACCUUUUCCAACAUUUGUUAACAGAUGCUUAACACAGAUAUUCAUUGUGAUACUUUAUGUGACUCAAGUGCCAGGAUUGUUUAAAAUUUAAGCCAUUUCUUCUGUUAUGACCUUUUGAAGGAUUUAAAGGUGGAGUAAACCAUUCUUGAGAUGAUUGUUGAUAUUUAAAGUAGGCAGCCCAAAAAACACAGCCAUCCUUAGAGCUUCAUCAGAAGCCUUACCCCCCAGAUUCAUUCAUUCAACAUAAACAACUGGGCAAGUGGACCAAGGGAGAAAUGUUCCAGCCAUGGAAGUACAUGUGUCUACAGCAAACUAGCUUAGUUUAGUUUGUUGGCCUUAAGAACCAUAGAGCAAGUUGCAGACCUCAUCAUUUCCAAGGUAGACCUGUUGACCUGCUGCUAUAGUUAAGAUAAGAGAAACUUUACUGAUUCCUCACCAAGGAAAAUCACAAAUUGCUGCACUAAGGAGGUCGGCAGAGGAUGGGAGUCUCAGUGUGUGUCCAUGAGCAAAGCAACACAAACAGUUGGUCCUGAAACUGACUUCUCACUCGACAUUUCCCCUUGGACACCUUCUCUACAAGCUACUGCUGGAUAAACUCUAUCCCUUACAAAAAUCUGAGGGAGUUUUAAAAAUGUUAUGUGCAUUCAAUAGUCUGCUGGUGCACGAGUAUAAACAUCCCCUAUUGGUACUUGGCUGAAAUAGUGGUGGUUGGAUCAAUCUUCCACUUUGUUUGCCAGUUGUGUACAAAUGCUGAAAUUUAUUUCGGUACACACCCAGAACGGAUAGUUAGAGGACUGUUAUGAGAUAUGAAUUUGACGGAAGACAUUUUAGAUUACAGUGGAUUACUCUACCUUUAAUGGAAACUUGGCUCAAGGUCUUUGUUUUUGUAGAACUGAGGCAGCUAAUAGCAGUCAUCUCAUUAGUCUGUCAAAUGUCAGUCAAGUGUCUACAUGAAAGGGCUCGAGUACCUAAAUAGGUAUAUUAAAGCGAUCGCUUUGUUUGUUUUCACUAUUUCAUAUUGUCAUGGACGUAUUUCAAAUCAUGGAUCUUGACCAAAGCUAUAGCUUUCAGAAUACAAUUCAGGUAUGUUUCAGUAAUGUUUACGGACUGAAUCCUGGAACCUUUUGUAGAUUUUCCACUACAAAACUGUUGUUUUGUACUUAAGUUUUAUUUUUUACAACUUCCAUGCUUGCAUUUGAUUUGACAGGAUUUGGUGCUUCUACAUGAGUGUUGAACGAGGAAAAUCCUUUAGUCACACAGUUUACAGAGCAUCCUUAGAAGUUCACUCUGUCUUAAGGAAAAUAGUAAAACAUGUCACUUUGUUGUGUUGUGAAAGUGGUUUGAUACUUUUCACAAAGUGUAUGUGUAAAUUCAUUGUUGAGUUGUUGUUUGCACUGAUCACUGUGGCGUUGCCUUAUGUACCAUACAUGUCUUUGUCAACGAUGUUGAUUUUAUCAGUAUUUUGCGUUUAUAUUAUAUGCAAUGCAAGAAAAAAUGUAUCUAACCGGCAUGAUAGCCAGCUUCCACAUAUAUAUUUUUUAUGCAACAUCGUCCGAUAAUUAGAUGUAUUUUUAUGUUUAUCUUACUUCUUCCAUGUCAUGAUAUUACAAAAAAACAAAAGUGGUUAAAAUUAACAGUGAUUCAGAUGAACAGCUAAUUUAUGCAUUGUUGAAAUGUGUUUGUGUAUGUAAUUUGAUGGAUGUUUCCUGUUUUACACACGAUGCUCAUCCACACAAGACACAUCUUAGAAUGCGCAACUAAAAAAUUAACACACUUCACUGUCACUUUUGAUAUAUCUAUGCAGUAUAAAUAUAUCACUGAAACAUU